AUGUGCCACACCAGCUGCUCCUCGGGCUGCGCGCCCAGCCCCUGCCAGUCAUCCCUCUGCGUGCCCGUGAGCUGCAGGCCUGCUGCCGUGUGCGUGCCCGUGAGGAGCCAGGUGGCCUGCUGCGUGCCCGUGAGCUGCAGGCCCGUGGUGUACGUGGCCCCCUCCUGCCAGUCCUCUCCGUGUGCGCCCGUGAGCUGCAGGCCCGUGGUGUACGUGGCCCCCUCCUGCCAGUCGUCCCCGUGUGCAUCCCCCCCCAGCCCGUCGCUGUUCUGCAGACCGGUCUCCUGUAGCACCCCCGCCCACUGCUGA